UUGUAUAAAUAAAAUAAAAACAAAAAAAAUUAAAAAGCACGAAACUAAAGAGAGCAGUAUCACUUAGAGCGUCUCCAACAAAUCCCUAAUUGCAACAAUGCCGGAAUCACCCGGCGGCGGAGACGCCGGCGCUCCACCGCAGACGACGGAGACUGAGAAUCGCAAAACCGACCAAACCGCCGCGGAUCCUCCGGUCCUCUCAAAGAACGCGCGGAAGAAGCUGGCAAAGCAACAGAGGUUUGAGGCGAAGAAGGCGGAGAAGAAAGCCGCGGCGAAGGAGCAGAAGCGAAGAGACGUAGAGAGAAAGCGCAAGGAGUGGGAAGAGAGCCUCGCCGGGGUCUCCGAAGAGGAGAAAGCGAAGCUGAUAGAGUCUCGAAGGAACCUCCGCAAGGAGAGAAUGGAAAAGAGGUCACAGGAGAAAGAGGACAAAAGAGAGAGACUCACCGUAGCGAGAGAAAAAGGCCAGAACGUCGUCGUCGAUCUCCAGUUCUCUCACCUCAUGAACCCUAACGAAAUCCACAGCCUCGUGCAGCAGAUUAUGUACUGUUAUGCGGUGAAUGGGAGGUGUGCUUCCCCUGCGCAUCUUUGGCUCACCGGCUGCGAAGGGGAAAUGGAUAGCGGGUUGAAGCGGAUUCCGGGGUUUGAUAAGUGGAUAAUUGAGAAGGAGAAUAGGUCCUACAUUGAAGCCUUGAGUGAUCGUAAGGAGGAUUUGGUUUAUCUCACCGCGGAUUCGGAGACUGUACUUGAGGAGCUUGAUUUGAACAAGGUUUAUGUUAUUGGCGGGUUGGUGGAUAGGAACCGGUGGAAGGGGAUAACGUUGAAGAAAGCAGAGGAGCAAGGUAUCCCAACGGCUAAACUCCCCAUAGGAAAUUUCAUGAAGAUGUCUAGUUCUCAGGUUCUCACUGUGAAUCAAGUGGUAGAAAUACUACUCAAGUAUUUGGAGACAAGGGAUUGGAGAACAUCUUUCUUUGCUGUUAUCCCUCAACGGAAAAGAUGUCAAUCCGAUUCAGAAGGGAACGCAGAAGAUACAGUAGAGGGAGAGGAAGAACGUGAACAAAAUGAUGAUAUAACUGCAAAUAAAAAGAUAUGCGCUGAGGAGGUCCCUUCUAACUGUUAGAAUUGUCUCUGGCUCAAAGUUUUCCUACAAACCUGUUGAUCUUCUCCUGGCCAUUGCAUGGAUGUGUACAACUGGAAGGCUAACACAUCAAGACAGAAGUUUCAAAUCAGAGCUUCAUAUGCAACAUUAAUACAGACAUAGGGAAUUGGCAUUUUUUUUAUAUGCUUGGUAUGUAACAAUCUGUAAUAGGAUGGAAUCACUCUUUUUGAUUGUUGCUCCUCGGGUUUUGGAUUCAUUUACAAUUAUUCUUAAUUUUAAUUUUACAUUCAUUUUCGUUUCUA